AUGUUUGGAUAUGCGGCCUUGGUCUGCUUGGCGGCAGUGCUUUUCUGGCUAGACCCCAUUCUGCGGGUGGUGGCCCCCUCGGUGCUGGAUGCGCCUGUGUUGCGCAAAACGCCACGGCCGCCGAUCAACGAAGCGCUGUUGGCGCUGGAGGACGACUCUGUGGAGACGGAAGACUUGACAUGUCCUGACGACGCUUAUACGGUGCACAUCUUCAGCAAGGCGCCGCUGGUGCUGUACGUCGAGAACUUUCUGUCGCUCGCCGAGCGGCGGCACCUCAUUGAGAUCAGCGCCCCCGUCUAUGAGGCGUCGACGGUGACGCACGACGGCGGCGGGACCGUCCAGCGCAACGCCACGGUGCGCGACUCGGAGGUGGCCGUCGUGCCCCGCACAGACGUGGUGCGCUGCAUCGAGGGACGGGCACGACGCCUGCAGGGCUGGCGCGACGACCUGUGGAUCGAGCGGCUGCGCGUGCAGCGGUACCAGGCGCCGUCGGGGCACUACAGCUACCACUACGACUGGAGCCGAUCAGGAGCGGCGACGGGGGGCUGGGGCCGGGUGUCCAGCCUGAUGGUGUUUGUGGACGACGGGAGCCUGGACGACAGCGUGGGUGGCCGUGAAGCGGUUCCACUGCAAGGCGGCGGGACGGCGUUUCCACGUCUACCGCGGCGCAGCACCGACCGGCGGUGGUGCGCGUAUAUUGGGUGUGGACGCGGGCGUGGUACCGAUACCGACAACACAGGCCACGGCGCGGAUGACGCAGACUCAGACGAUGCCGAACAUACCAGCACGGACAACGCGACAGGCGUCGUCUUUUUGCCGGUGGUCGGCAAUGCUGUAUUCUGGGAGAACUUCCGGCCCGACGGUACAGGCCGAGCGUACGAAGAGACGUGGCACGCCGGACUGCGCGUGCGCCAGGGCGUUAAGGUCGGGUUGAACAUCUGGAGCUGGGGACGAGUGGACUGA